UCCCAGGUGCCGGGUAGGAGACGCCUGCCCGCCCCUGGAGAGGAGGCGGCUCAGUCUUCGGAGCCGCCCCUCCCGUCCUGGAGAACAAACGGGAUAUUCAGCAGUGGCUAGUGGCUGCCAGCUACUCCUUGGGGAAAUGAAACUUCGAGUCAGGCUGCACCGCACUCGCCUUUAAAGGCUCCCCCACCGCCAGCCGCUCACACCCGGAUACCUGGGCCGCUGCGGCUGCGCGCGCGCCUGUGUGUGUGUGUGUGUGUGUUUGUGUGUGUUUGUGUGUGUGCACGCGGGUCAGCUUGCGUGCACCAGUGAGUCUCCAGUGUGCGCCGGGCUGUGAGCCUGGGGGCGCGAGCCAGCGUGCGAAGGGCAGGCGAGCCCGGAGCGUCUCCACUGGCCAUGGGCGGCGCGAGCGCCCAGGCUGUGCUCGGCCUGCUGCUGGCGGCCCAGCUGUCUCAACAGCAGCCCCCGGAGAGACCUGUUUUCACCUGUGGUGGCGUUUUUACUGGAGAGUCUGGAUUUAUUGGCAGCGAAGGUUUUCCUGGAGUGUACCCUCCAAAUAGCAAAUGCACUUGGAAAAUCACAGUUCCCAAGGGGAAAGUUGUCGUUCUCAAUUUCCGGUUCAUAGACCUGGAGAGCGACAGCCUGUGCCGCUACGACUUCGUGGAUGUGUACAGCGGCCACAGCAACGGUCAGCGCAUCGGGCGCUUCUGCGGCACGUUCCGGCCCGCAGCCCUGGUGUCCAGUGGCAACAAGAUGAUGGUGCAGAUGAUUUCCGAUGCUAACACAGCUGGGAACGGCUUCAUGGCCGCGUUCUCGGCCGCUGAACCGAAUGAAAGAGGGGAUCAGUAUUGUGGAGGACGCCUUGAAAGACCUUCCGGCUCUUUAAAAACCCCCAACUGGCCAGACCAUGAUUACCCUGCAGGAGUCACUUGUUUGUGGCACAUUGUAGCCCCAAAGAAUCAGCUUAUAGAGUUAAAGUUUGAGAAGUUUGAUGUUGAGCGCGAUAACUACUGCCGGUAUGAUUAUGUGGCUGUGUUUAAUGGAGGAGAAGUCAACGACGCUAAAAGAAUUGGGAAGUAUUGUGGUGAUAGUCCACCUGCGCCAAUUGUGUCUGAGAGAAAUGAACUUCUCAUUCAGUUUUUCUCAGACUUAAGCUUAACUGCAGAUGGAUUUAUUGGUCACUACAAAUUCAGGCCAAAAAAAUUACCAACAAGUACAGCACCACCAGUCACGACCACAUUCACUGUGACUACAGCUGCUGGAGACCCAGCAAGACUUGUGAGUGCGGCUGUGCAGGCAGAAGCCAGACACAGUGGGCUGAGGCCUGUGGAACACGGUGACAGGCCUCACCGUGGAGACAGUUUAAAACCUACCGUGGCCAUGUGUCAACAAAAAUGUAGAUGGACGGGUACCCUGGAAAGCAAUUACUGUUCAAGCAACUUUGUAAUUGCUGGCACCGUCAUUACAACGACCCCUCGGGGUGGAAGUCUGCAUGCCACAGUCUCACUCAUCAACAUCUAUAAAGAGGGAAACCUGGCAAUUCAACAGGCUGGCAAGAACAUGAGUGCCAAGAUCAUCGUGGUCUGCAAGCAAUGCCCUCUCCUCAGGAGAGGUCAAAAUUACAUUAUUAUGGGCCAAGUGGGUGAAGAUGGGCAAGCCAAAAUCAUGCCAAACAGCUUUGUCAUGAUGUUCAAGACCAAGAAUCAAAAGCUCCUUAAUGCCUUGGAAAACAAGCGAUGUUAACAGAGAACUGCAUCAGUUGAAGCUUCAUUCUGUCAUUGCCUUUGAGAGAUCUAUUUUUUCAGUAGAAAAAAGUCUUAUAUUAAAUAUUGAGCAUUCAGAAAGAUUUACUCUUCACACAAUGUAGGGGCGAGGCCUCCUGUUUCGCUGAUGGAAGUUCUGCGCCCACGCCCGGAGAAGCAGGCGUCUCAGUGUGGUCCCAGGAAACUGAUGGUUCAGGAGUUGACCGUUUGGAAGCAGUUUAUUUAUACAUCUCUGUAGAAGGGGACUUUAGAAAUGAGUUUUGUGAAGAUGUAAAAGAAGAGAUAAGUGCAAUAUUUGUUCUAAGGUGUUAUAUUCUUUUCUUGCAUUUUUUAAAUCAGUGCUUAAUAAAAUAUUUUUAAAUGAUUAUACAACAGCCAUUGAAUGGCUUUUAUAUAAAGUGGGGUCUGUAAAAAAGAAUAUCCCCUGCUAUUUACACAGAAGGCUGUCUUUGUAACAAUCUAUACUUGGCUAAAAGACUUAACAUUCUGAGAACUCCGGGAACUGGCUGAAUCCAGUAAUGUAAACAGACUAUAAUUAUUCUCUGCAGAACCAG